AUGUCGUUCUCCGGGCGUCGCUUGAGCAUUCUGCGUCCCUCUAACCGGCGGUUCUCCCUUGGAAAGGAAUUGUCCGAGAAUGAACUUCGUUCGGAAACCCAUCGUCAGUUCAGAGCCGCCCAUGAGGGUCACCGUCCCCACGCCGGUCUCGAUGCUUCCCGUGCCUCGACGGGUGUCGUCUGGUGUACAGAACGUGCAGUAGAACACGGAUACGCCGAGGAUCCGUCGGGGUGGGCGAACCUGGGCCAGGGCGCCCCCGAAGCCGACGAUGAGAUCGAGGGAAGCUUUCCCCGGCCUACCAGUAUCCCCAUCACAUCCGCUGCCCGCGAAUACGGUCCUACCGCUGGUAUCAAGCCUCUGCGCGCGGCAGUUGCCAGACUAUACAAUGAGCAUUACCGUCAAGGAAAGGAAAGCCAGUACACCUGGGAGAAUGUCUGCAUUGUCCCGGGUGGUCGAGCGGGACUGAUUCGAAUUGCAGCCAUUCUGGGCAAUUCGUACUUGUCUUUCCCUAUUCCCGAUUACUCUGCCUACUCGGAGAUGUUGACACUAUUCAAGAACAUCGCACCUAUUCCCAUUCCUCUCGCCGAAGAUGACCACUACCAUAUCCACCCCAACAAGAUUGCGGAGGAGAUUGCUCGCGGAACUUCUGUCCUCUUGACAUCGAACCCCCGUAACCCUACCGGACACUUUGUUUCGAAUGACGAACUUGCCCAGAUCCAGGACAUUUGCAGAGACCGCGCAACGCUCAUUCUGGAUGAAUUCUACGGUGGCUACAACUACACCACCGACUGUGAUGGUUCGACGAUCAGCGGUGCCGCCAACGUCGUCGAUGUCAACCAAGAUGAUGUUCUUCUGAUCGACGGUCUCACCAAGCGCUUCCGUCUCCCCGGCUGGCGUAUCGCCUGGAUCGUCGGUCCCAAGGAGUUCAUUGAUGCACUGGGUUCCGCUGGCUCCUACCUGGACGGAGGUGCCAAUGUGCCAUUCCAGGAGGCUGCCAUCCCUAUGCUCGAGCCUUCCCUCGUGCGCACGGAAAUGAAGGCGCUGCAGCGGCACUUCAGGGAGAAGCGUGACUACGUCCUGAAGCGACUGCACGAGAUUGGUUUCCGCGUCAAAGAUGUGCCCCAGGCCACCUUCUACAUUUGGCUCGACCUGACGUCCCUCGAACCACCUCUCCCCAAGGAGGCCAAUAUUUCUGACGGACUGAACUUCUUCAAUGCCCUUCUGACCGAGAAGGUCAUUGUGGUCCCUGGUAUCUUCUUCGAUUUGAACCCGGCAAAGAGAAGAGAUCUGUUCGACAGCCCUUGCCAUCAUUUCGUUCGCUUGAGUUAUGGACCAAAGAUGGAUGUCCUCAAGAUGGGUCUGGACGGCAUCGAGAGGGUGAUCCGGCGUGCUCGUGGAGAAGCCGUUGAGCUUCGGCCUCAGAUUGAUCCUCAGUGGGAGGAUGAGGUUGCCGUGUCGGAUUAA